CGCGUGUGUGACGCGCGCAUGAACGAGCCGCCGGUGGUGGAAAAACUGAGAAACGCAUGUGGCGCGGCGGUGAUGAUCGAGAUUGUGAACUAAAUAUUUGAUUUCAAAACAGUGAAUUUAUAAUAAUGAAGGAAACACCAUUGUCCAAUGUUGAGAGAGACUUUUUACUUGCAGCGAUCAGGUCCGGAAAGAGAAUUGAUGGACGGGACACAUAUGACUACAGAAACAUAAAGAUAACAUUCGGCUUAGAAAGAGGAUGUUGUGAGGUUCAACUUGGGCAGACAAGAGUCCUUGCACAGGUGUCCUGUGAGGCAGUGGAACCCAGGAAUGCUAGGCCAACAGAGGGCCAGCUCUACUUGAACUUGGAGCUGUCUCCGAUGGCAUCGCCUGGCUUUGAGCCAGGACGGUUGUCUGAAUAUGGCGUGGAGCUGAACAGACUGUUGGAGAGAUGCCUCAAAGACUCCAGGGCUGUAGAUAUGGAAUCACUCUGCAUUGUGGCUGGAGAAAAGGUCUGGCAGAUUCGAGUUGAUGUCCACGUCUUAAAUCAUGAUGGCAGCAUCUUAGACUGUGGGAGUAUUGCAGCUAUUGCAGCACUGUCCCACUUCAGGAGGCCUGAUGUAACAGUCGUUGGAGAAACGGUCACAAUUCACACACCCGAGGACAGAGACCCCGUUCCACUGAGUGUUCACCACAUGCCUGUCUGUAUUUCAUUUGCAUUCUUUGAACAGGGGAAGUACUUACUAGUUGAUCCAACGUUCAAGGAAGAAUCCGUGAUGGAAGGCAACAUGGUGAUGGCCAUGAAUGCACACAGGGAACUGUGCACAGUCCAGAUGACGGGAGGAAUGCUGCUCCUGAAAGACCAGAUCUUAAGAUGUUCACAAAUUGCCGUCAUUAAGGUAGCUGAGGUGACGGAGCUCAUCAAGAAAGCACUGAGUAAUGAUGCAAAAGCGAGGUCUGAAGGCAAGAAAUGUGGCUAUGCUGAAUCACUGCCAAGACGGAGAAUAACAACGUCUGUAGCAGAGCCUCAGAGAGUUGACACUACCAAGUCUGUGGAGAUGGCUCAAGAUGUUAUCGACAGAGCUGAUGAGCCAGUACAAGACUUAGAUGUGAAAUCCACACUGCUUGAUGCUGGCUUCAGAGGGAUCGGGGAAGGGGCUGCCAACACGUGGCUCAUCCCCGAUGCCGAGAACGAAGUUGAGGAGGAUGAGGAUGAGAUGGAGGAUGCUGAUGAGGAGGAGGAGGUUGAUGCCAUGGAUGAUGGGACAUCGGACGUUGCUGCGAGGAGAAACCAAACGAGUGUAUCGCAGACAAGAGUGGCAGAGGGAUAUCACAGUGAUAGCAGUGAAGAGGCUGAGACGGUCACACUGAACGAAGAAGUUUUGGGUGGAUACAAGAGGCCACCUGUGGAUCCUUCUGCUGAUCUUGACCUCUCAGUUGCACUCAAGACGUCUCAGAUUGUUUCUUCCACAUCUGGUCCACCUGCCAAGAAGAAAACUAAACGGAAAGGAAAGAAAAACAAGUGAAAGAAUAUACUUUUGUUAUUAAGUCAUUAUAGUCAGUUGUUUAAAGGUCGAAAUUCACAAUUGACUGAUGUUCACCACUGACCUUGUUACCUAAUACUGCAAAAAAAAAAAAUCAAUUUUACUUCGUUUUUAACAGAUACAUGUACUGUCUCUUAGGCCAGUUCUAGACGCUGUGCUACUGCCGCGCCGAAACUUAAUUGAAAUGAGUGAGGCAAAUAUCUCGUCUACAGCAUGGCAGUUGCUCUAAACGCCAAACUUAAUAGUCAAACCUUAAUGCAAAACUGGCCAGGUUAAAGCAGUUCAGUGAACUUUCAGCGCGAUCAAAAUAUUCUCGCCAAUUUUACUUCCCAUGAUGCGGACGCGAGAGAGGGUAUUGUGAGCAUGCCCAUUCCUAAAAUGUGUGCCCUAACUUCGAGUUGAAUUGAGUUCGGCACGGCAAUGGCACGGCGUUUAUAACAAUGCCGUGCCACUACCGUUUAGAACGGCGAUAGCGCGCCAGCCCUGUUGAGCCAAAGGAUGGUGCCAUGCCAAACUUAAUUCACCGAUUCAAAUACGCCGUGCUAUCGCCGUGCCAAAUUCAAAAAGUCAAGUUUUUUUAGUUUGGCAUGGCAGCACAGCACAGUGUCUAGAAGGGGCCUUAUUUCAUUUAUGCGAUCAGUUUUCUCAUGCAAGGCCAAAUCGCAUAAAGAAAGCUUCUAGUUCAUUUACUUAGUGUUUCUAUGGCUGUGAUCUUUAAGGCUUGUCACUGCACCAUGUCAAAGGUAAUGAAGCGCCAUCUAUUGUUAGUGCAUGCAGUCCAUUGUAGGAUUUUUGCCAUCGAUAACUAUGUAUCUGUACUGUGCAUUGCCCCAAAAUGAUUUAAGGCAAGUUUCAUGUUAUUUUCAACUUCUCAAGGUGGCUCCAUAUUGGAAAUCCGACGAUCAAGUGUUUUUCGCCUGUGAUUGAAAAAAAUAAAAGAAUCAGAAUCUUCAGUACAGAUA